AUGAUAAUUAUUUCCUCGUGGAGACUGCUUCGUAUUGUGACUCCAAAAUUAGAUGUAGCAUCUGCCCAGGAACACGGUCAUCAGGCCGAAGCAGCAAUACACAUACCCGUUAUCCCCACCCAACAUGUCUCCCUUGUAGUUGCUAAUCCUGUUAACACCGGCGCCAAUGUUGCAGUUAAUCCUGUCAACACCGGCGCCAAUGUUGCCGUUAAUCCUGUUAACACAGGCUCCAAUGUUGCAGCUAAUCCUUUCAAUACCGGCAUCAAUGUUGCCGUUAAUCCCGUCAACGCCGGCGCUGUUCCGCAGAAGCCGGAGACGUCUGUAAGCGUCGAUGUUGGAGUCGCCAACGAGUCGGCGUCGGUGAGCAUUUCGUUGGACAACAGUGGGGGCGCGGGCUCUGUUCAUGUCAGCCAAGCGCCCAGCAUUCACCCUGUGGCACAAGACACCACCACGCUGAGAACCAUUCUAGCGGGGUCACUAUCGGCGUCACAAGCUGGGUCACCAUCGGGGUCACAAAUUGGGUCACCAUCGGGAUCACAAGCAGAGUCACAAGCAGGUUCACCGUCGGGGUCACAGGCAGGGUCACAAUCGGGGUCACAAGCAGGAUCACAAGCAGGGUCACAAGCAGGGUCACAAGAAGGGUCACAAGCAGGGUCACAAGCAGGAUCAACACAACAAGGGUCUUCUUCCACGAGCACAGGAACUUCAGGCGAAAGCUCGGAAACUGGCGAUCCAAAUUUAGCCGGGGUACUCUGCUAUGAGGACAGUCCACAAGUUGUAGAGCGGAACUUACCAUGCAACGAGAAACAACUACGCAAGUCUGAUCUGACAGCCCAGCACUUGGUCCGACUGUUGCGCAAUGAGGGGGGAAACAUCAUCAGUGAUCUGAUGUCUGCCGAACCCCCGGGACAUCUGAGGUUGUCGGGGCUAGAGAAUUCCCCGUGGUUCAAUCAAAACUCGGCCGAACUUAUCUCCAAACUAGACAACGUCCUGCAUCAUCUACGCGAACACCACCAUCAUCUACGUCAAAACGUCCGCCAGUAUCUCUCUCUCGUCAGCCUCACAGACAUAUCGUCUUUAGCUCUUUCUUUACUUGACACAAUGAGCUCAACCUUUGGAGCUAACGUGUGCCCAGUCAACACAAGUUUGAAAGUUCUCAACGAAUUCGAUGUUCACGCCCUGACAUACUCGUGUGUCAAGCUCGCGCGGGAAGCAGAAAAUUUGACUUUUGUGGGAUCACAGUUUAAAAAACAACUCUCCCGCACUGAGUACCUAUCAAAUACAAGAACAAACCAACUCAAUAACCAGGCUACCACCAACUACAAUACCGACAACAACGUCAAUAAUUUAAACAACACGGUGUAUGACGAGGCCAUCGACGAUUUGUUAGAAACAGUGAACACGGUAAAAGAAAGAUCAGACCACAUUGUAGAGUUGCAUCGUCUUCUCCAAGACACUGUCUCCGGUUUCCAUAGUUCCCUGUCACUUUUAAAGACAGGGCUACACCAAGUUUUAAACAAUGGAAAACUACCUGGUUCUGAAGCUUCAAAUGAAAUCCCAACACAGGAUAAAUCGUCAGGUUUAUCUCCAGACGACAAAUAUUUGAGCUCGACCUGGAACGCGUCAGCAGAAGACAUCAUCGUGAGGUAUAAUUUAACCUGGUUGCAGCAAGAUCUAAAGCAGAACAUCACUGAGGUCAUUGGAAGCCUACAAGCUCUGAUAGCCAGCGUAAAUUAUCUUGAAGAGCUGUUGAGCUCGGCCAAUGUCACUGAGCCGGUGCAAGACCCACUGUUAGAUACAAUGGCGAAUUGGAAUCAAAUGAAGUCACGGACCAAACGAAGCGCUACAGGAAUAACCGUGUCUGGCGAGUCGUGUCAGAGACAAGGCAACCUGAUUGACCAGACCAACUACGUCAGUCUGUGUACGACCUGUGUCCACACCACCGUGCUGGACAACAACUACUUCCCCCGGUACCUGACGGAGAAGAUCUGCGGACACGGCAGAAACACCAACCCGAACUUCCAGGACGGAUGUCUGUUUACUCCCGGUCAAUCUACCAUCGCCCCUGGAGGAUUGUGCCAACAACAACAGUUCCACAUCAUCUUACUGAGGCGAGUGCCAGGAAGAUGCAUGAAGAUUAGCAGCCGAGGACUCGUUUUUAUAACCGACCAAUGGGAGAGCGCCACGUACCCUCUGCGUAUUGGAUGUGAAUGUGUUGUCAAUCAAAACUCUCAAUUUGCUCGAUAUGCUUAGUUGAAAAGGUCCACAAAAUCCAAAAACAGUUUAAAAAUCCAAUGUAAUUAGCCUGUUGAGGUACCAAGUGGCCAGUCUAAGGUUGGCUUGAAGCAAUUAUCUCCAACAGUAUAGCUUUUGAGCAACCUAAAAUAAUGGCUCUCUUCAUGAGAGAGUUGCAAGUACCAAUAUGCUUAAACACCAGCUAUGCAGAUAGACCAUAGCCCCUGGUACCCCAAUCAGAAAAAAAAAUUAUUUUGAAAUAUCGUUUCCAAUCCUCCAGCUGCAGUGGCGUCACUAGGAGGGGUGUCACCUGGUGCUGUAACCCCCCUCAUUAGUCCAUCUCAAUAUUUUUGUUUUUGUGUCAACCCCUUCCUUGCAAUUUUCAUUAAUGGAUAAAACCUUGGUUUUUUUUUCUGCAAAUUUUGCGAUUUUUUAAUUGGCGUCACCCUCUAAAUGUUGCCACCUAUACAGACCAACCCGGCCCUCUUUUGUAACGCCACUGUCCAUCUGUAAAGUUGAUGCAGUUUAAAAGGUGACUGGAUUGAAAGAGAUUCUUCAUCAUAAUAUAUGUUUACAACUUUGGAAUUUGUAAUUUUUUAAAAUAACAGUUAACAUACACCAGAGGUUCCCAAAAGAAACAGCAGAGCUCACAAAAAAAAGCUGAGGUACCCCAAGCGACACCGCCCAAAAAAAUUAGUUUACAUCUAUUGUUGCAGAGAACGAAUUUGCCACACAAAAUUAAGAUUAUUAAAUUGUUCUGAAGUGUUUAACAUUUGCCUUAACAGACAAAAUGUUGUAAAUAUAACUCUUUAAUUUAUUCUUCAAUCCACACAUCAACUAGUGUUACAAUACACAGUAUUAUCAUUAAAAGUUGUGUACUGCAAUGGCUAACUCUCACCA